ACGGCGCAGUCUGUGCGGCGAUCAAGGGAUGAUUUGCAUGUGAUUGAUCGGAGCUCAGCGGCGUGCCAGCGGACUUUGACAGUGGCCCUGCGCUUCCUACACUGUAACGCGCACGUCGACGACCAUCCAUAUCGAUUCAACGCUUGCUUUCUAUGAUCGUCUCCAGAUCGGCUCUCGUGCUAGGCACACGCCGGAGCCGCGUUUCCGCUCGUUUUCUGUCCAGCAGGGCGUCCAACAUCCUCGCGGCGCUCGACAUCACCACGAGCGGGGAAGUCCACGGUGUGUACGACGGAGAAUGGAAGGGCACCGGGGACGUCGUGGAAAGCGUCUGCCCCACGACUGGAGAGGUUCUGGCACGCGUCAAAACUGCUUCGCCAAUUGAAUUGCACACCGCGCUGGAGAAGUCUAGAGAGGCCUUCGAGUAUUUUCGCAAUGUUCCGGCUCCUCGUCGCGGGGAGAUUCUGAGGCAAAUCAGAGAGGCUCUUGCGUCCAAAAGAACGGAGCUGGGUGCAUUGAUCUCGCUUGAGAUGGGGAAAAUCAAAACGGAAGGUGUUGGAGAAGUCCAAGAGUUUGUGGAUAUUUGUGAUUAUGCCGUAGGCCUUUCUCGUAUGAUGAAUGGCCGUGUGGUCGCAUCGGAACGUCCAGGACACUCCAUUUUGGAAGUCCCCAAUCCGCUCGGGGUCGUCGGGGUACUGAGCGCGUUCAACUUCCCGGUCGCCGUCUAUGGCUGGAAUCUGUCACUUUCGCUGGCAGCUGGUAACGCGACUAUCUGGAAACCCUCGCCGUCCACUCCACUCUGCGCCAUUGCUGUCACCAAGAUAAUCAGUGGCGUCCUUGAGGCCAACAACGUCCCUGGGGCAGUUGCGGGUCUCAUCACAGGCGACAAGGAUGCCGGCGAAGCGAUCACCCAGAGCCGCAGCGUUGAUCUUGUCUCAUUCACUGGUAGCGAGCACGUGGGCCGCAUCGUCGGCAAGACUGUGCAAUCGCGUUUUGGUAAGCUGAUUCUGGAGCUUGGAGGGAACAACGCCGCAAUCGUAAUGCCUGAUGCGGAUCUAAAAAUGGCCAUUCCAUCAGUAUUUUUCGGAGCAAUCGGGACUGCUGGCCAACGCUGCACGUCCACUCGUCGGCUGUAUCUGCACCGCAAGGUCGCUGACGAGUUUUUGGAGCGUUUGGGAAAAGUGUACUCUUCUGUCACGCCUGGUGAUCCUCUGGACGAUGCGACGCUCCUCGGUCCCCUGCACACGGCUUCUGCUGUGGGAAUGUUUAAAAAGACAAUUGAUUAUCUCCACGACACAGAUGCGGACAUUAUCACGGGCGGAAGGGUAUACUCCUCGGACCGCCAACCGAUGGGAUGCGAUGGCAACUUCGUGCAGCCCACCCUAGCCGUGCCGAAGGAUGCAGAUCACUCUGAUAUCUUGUGGCAAACGGAGUGUUUCGCGCCGAUUUUGAAUUGCGCGGUCUUUGAUGAACUGGAAGAAGCCAUCCAGUGGAACAACGCGGUACCCCAGGGUUUGUCCUCGAGCUUAUGGACGCGUGACAUGAGGAAUGUGGGAACAUGGAUUGGGCCCCGCGGGUCUGAUGCUGGAAUUGUGAAUGUGAACGUCGGUACGAGCGGUGCCGAAAUUGGCGCAGCUUUCGGUGGAAACAAGAGUACGGGAUGGGGUCGUGAAUCUGGCGGUGACGCCUGGAAGCAAUACGUCCGGUGGUCUGCGUGCACAAUCAAUUUCUCGGAUGCUGCUCCCUUAGCGCAGGGCGUGGAUUUCAGUGUUUGAAAUGGGAAUGAAUUGGACGACUGUACUGCGACAACAACGCAGUUGAUGGGAUCACGGAAUCAAAUUGAUCAGCAUUAGCCUAGCGAUUCCCCUUUCAGCAUGAUUUUUUGAUACUCGCAACGUGCAUGUCCUGGGUCCUCUGUGUCUGGUCGAUAGCACUGCCUUUUCCCCCUCGAACAAGCCUAAACACGCGACCAUAGAUGCAGUCCGUGAGAGCAGUGAUGUGCUUCCCAGACAACCACGGCAUGCACAUGUUCUCGUCGACAUGUCGCCAAUUCUGAUCUGAUCGAUUCGCGUAUGCCCGAUCGGGAACCUCAGAUCAUUCGACGUCCCAGCGAAACACCAGAUAGGCUUUUAAUCCCGGUGGAGCACCAGGCGUCACUGAAGUUCCUGCCCAGUCUUUGUUCCUCAAACACUCCUCGUGCUUUCCCCACUCUGCGCACAUCGCCGCAACCCAUCAUCCCUCCAUGGCUGCUCCUGCAGACGACCUGCCCUGGCCCGAACUGGGCAACGUUUCCCGCGGCGCGACGCGCGGCAACCAGGGCCAAAAAGGUGUCCUGGGACCGCCCGAUCGCGAGGGCCGCUGUGUGCUCCAGCUGCGCGUCCAGCCCGGGGUGCUCGCGGUGCGCCUGAACCGCCAAGCCAGCGACUGGUACCGCAUCCUCGACAACGAAGUCAAUCGCGCGCUCAAGCUCACGAAGACGUUCUGGCGCAAGGCCCGGCGGCGCCAGGACUACGAUCCGCGCGCGGACCAGGACCACAUGGAGCUGCACGAGUGGCUCCAGCAGCUCAAGGACAAGACGAUGUCGCAUCUCGAGCUGCUGAUGCAGAAGGGGGACAUCCUUGGCCCCCCGUACACGAUGCCCGAUGACGUCGAGCUGACGUUCCUGCGCAAGUUCGUCGAGCGCGAAGCAGCGGGGAUAGCCCAUAAUCCGAGGCUGCGGAACGGCGGCGCGCCGCCCGGCGGGGAGCACGGCGCAGGGCCCAGUGGGUACCCAUCUAUGCGCGGCGAGCCGACCUCCGCCGGCUCUUUGUCCCCGGAACCAUCGGAGCGCGUCUACAUGGACUCGAAGGGACACACUGGGCUCGAUCACCUGUCCGAAGCCCGUAAUUCGGGAUCGCCAUCCCUUCGCAACGCGGAGUCGUUAUCUCACGAGGCGGCAGCAUCGAAACAGGCACUCCAGAGCUGUCGCGCCGCGUUCGCCCGGGCGCAGAAAGAGACGCAGGAGGCGUUCAUCCGCUACCAGGCCUGCCUGAGCGCCGAAAACCAGGCGGGGAACGCCGUUGCCGCUGCAGAGAAACGCCGGGACAAUUGCAGUACGGCCCGCUUCUUGUGCGUUUUGAUCCUUCUCUCAUGCCCGUGCAGUGGGUGCUCUUCUGUCUCUGAACCAAACUGUCGACAGCAUGUCUAGGCACUCUUCAGUUUCCGGCGACGAACCCAGCCCCAGAUACGAUGUGAGAAGCACGAUCCGCGAUGUGCACCAUUUUCUGACUGCAUGUAGGACUUCCGCGGCCCAGACAACAUGUCGAUGCGAGCCAUACCAAACACGAAGCCCAUGGCCUGGUCGGAUGUUUACGGAGAGCCUCAGACGCACCUGGAUGUCAGUCUCCCGGGCCGUUCCGCAGAUCUAGGUCGCUGAUCCUCUCCGUCUCAUUCUAGGACCCGCACAAGCCCAGAAAACGAACGUGGGAGCACAGCCAGCAGCUGCUGCAGGGUGGGUACCACAGCGAUGCCGAUUACCCGCCGCCUCGGGCAACCGAGGUGUACGACAGCGGUGCUUAUGGAUGCCAGGUGCGUCACAUGCUGGCUGGACAUGUGACAUGCUUUGAGAUAUUUCUCUCCCGCAGGACAUGGCUGGCCUGCCUCCGCCCAGAAAACGCGUGCAUCACAUGAUGCCCAACUUUGACGUCUUGGGCAGCGCGGCUAUGCAGCCCAAUGGCAUGACGCUGCCCUCAUAGCCUGCGCCCGCCGGCAUGUAAAGCUAUUUCUGUUCCCCCGCGCAUUGUAUGUAGUUUAUACCCUCCCUGCCUUGCUCUGUCCCUUGUAGCAGCUCCCACGACUUAUAUCCUUUACACAUGAGCUAGUUUGUGCCCCCACCCGCCCCGUAACAUAGAUGUAUUUCCGACAGCUUAGUCGUACCGUAACAUUAUCAUCCGAUGUAUCCUUCGUACAUAUGUGUGCCACCCAACCCCAAUUUUA